AUGCUGGCCAUCUAUAAAACCCACAAGACUGAGAUGGAGGAGGGCAAUGGGAAGGACUUGGGGGCGGACUACCAGGGCGUAGACGCCACGCUGGGCCGCAGGAGGAAGACCCUCUUCAUCCCGCCCGACCUGCCCCGGCCUCCUCCCCCUCCUCUUCCUCCCCCGCUGAAGACCACCAGGGUGCUGGGCCAAGCCGGAGGAAGGCUGGUCGUACCCAACACUGGCAUUAGCCUGCUGGUGCCCCGCGGAGGGAUAGCUGAAGACACGAGCUGGGAGAUGUACACGAUCAUCAACCUGGAGGACAGCAGGGAAAGUGAUGCUGGGGUCUUUGGUCGGACGAAGUUUGGAGCGCAGCUCAUUGAGGGACAACUUUGCCGCCACACGUGCCUCUGCCUGGGACAGAUGUGCUGACACCGCCUGUUUUUGUGGCGGAUGAGGCCUUCCCCCAGAAGGUCAACAUCAUGCGCCCAUACCCAGGUAAGUGAAUGGAGUAGCCUAUCGAAUGAAAUAUAUCAAUUUAUAUAGACCACUGCAACAAUAAAAUGUGUUCCAUGCUAAUUAGUAUAAUGUCUAUUACCCAAACUGCCACACAAAUUAAAACUAAUGAAUUAGUUAUUUCAUUAAACUACAGCCUCAGGGCUCUGACGGCAAUACCUUCUGUCCAUUGUUGCAACAUCUCUUCUGAUUAUAAGAACCACAACUUCAGCCCACCUAGACUAUUUAAUUUCACAGAACUCCUUGAACUUGCAAGCAUACAUUUACAGUGCCUGACUUAAUAUGGCUCUAUAGCAUGCUCUUUAGCUCUUGCUGCAUUUGUAUUAUUGGUUCAAGAAGGACCAAGGUUUUCUAAUAAGAAUGUUCUGUUAAUAGGAUCU